UUAAUAACUAAUAUUAUGCUCUAUCUAUAUAAUACCUAUAAAGUAUUAACUAUUUAGUAUUAACUAUUAACUUCUCCCCAGUUCCAUGUUCCAUCAGCAAACAUCACUAAACGCACACGUUUCAAUUCAGAAUUUUAGUUUAUAAUAUUCAUUAUUCACAAAUCACAAUAUUGUACUGAAGUAUUGUUACUCUAUACUUUGCUGUCGUAAAAUGAUGCUAACUUUGUAGUAUUUAAAGCUUUUACAAGUUAUUUCUAUAAUUAAUAAUGAUUUUUAAUUUCAUUUUUCUGUGAUAAAAUUUGUUUCAAAUGUCUUCAAUGUUUGAAAUUACUGAUUUACAAAAAAUCGGAGUUGGCCUGGCCGGUUUUGGAAUAUCGUUCCUAUUCCUGGGCAUGUUGUUACUGUUUGAUAAAGGACUUUUAGCCAUUGGCAAUAUAUUGUUCAUUGUGGGUCUUAGCUGUGUUAUUGGUGUACAGCGAACUUUAAAGUUCUUUUUCCAGAGACAAAAAAUCAAAGCAUCUUUAUCAUUUUUUGGUGGAAUUUCAAUUGUUCUUUUUGGAUGGCCAAUUGUAGGAAUGCUAUUUGAAAUUUAUGGGUUCAUACUUCUUUUUAGUGGUUUCUUUCCAGUAGUGAUAAAUUUCAUGCGCAGAGUACCACUGUUGGGUACUUUACUCAAUUUGCCUGGCAUCACUGGACUGUUAGAUCGAGUGGCAGGUGAUACAAGACGAACAAUGGACUUCAAUUGAUGUUAUAUUUAAGUUAUUACAUCAUAAUUUCUACUAACUGGACAUUUCUGGGCUACUUGCUUCCAGUUACUUAUUUUACUGUGACUAAAUUAUUUUAUUCAGUAUAUUAUA